GACCGAUUGCUAUGGGAACGGGAACUCGGCUUUGCAGGAGACCUGCUUCGGGGGGUGUCGCCGCAAAAGAGAGAGAGAGGAAGAGGGGGAGUAAGAAGAAAGCGCCCGGCAAUUCUGCUGCUAUCCCUGUGGGUUGCAAGGGCUGCUUCUCUCCUAGUGGACGCCUUUACAGAGAGGGGAACGGCUCAUCGGCUAAAGGCAAAGACGCUCAGGAUUACUCUGACUUUUAUCUCCAUAAGCGAUGCAUCGUAGCCAGCUCAAGAAAAGAUGGAGAACUGGUUUAUUACAACAAUGUGCUUUGCUGCUGACGUACCUCGUAAUCACACUGGAAGCUGUGCCUAUAGACGUAGACAAGACAAAAGUGCAAGGGGAAGAACAAGUUGAAAGUGCAAAAAUAGAUAAUCCCGAUACCGGGCUUUAUUAUGAUGCAUACCUCAGGCAAGUGAUAGAUGUUCUGGAGACAGACAAACAUUUCAGAGAGAAGCUCCAGACAGCCGAUAUAGAGGAAAUAAAGAGUGGUAAGUUAAGCAAAGAGCUAGAUUUAGUUAGCCAUCAUGUGAGAACAAAGCUGGAUGAACUGAAAAGACAAGAGGUUGCAAGAUUAAGGAUGCUGAUUAAAGCCAAAAUGGAUUCAUUUCAAGAUUCUGGCAUAGACCAUCAAUCUCUUCUCAAGCAGUUUGAGCAUCUCAACCACCAGAACCCUCACACUUUUGAAGCUAAAGACUUAGACAUGCUGAUCAGAACUGCCACAAGCGACUUGGAAAAUUAUGACAAGGCACGUCAUGAUGAAUUUAAGAGGUAUGAGAUGAUGAAAGAACAUGAAAGAAGAGAAUACUUAAAAACACUGGAUGAAGAAAAGAGACACCAAGAGGAAUCUAAGUAUGAGGAAAUGAAGAAAAAGCAUGGGGAGCACCCCAAAGUUAACCAUCCAGGAAGCAAAGACCAACUGAAAGAGGUAUGGGAAGAAGCAGAUGGGCUAGAUCCUAAUGACUUUGACCCAAAGACAUUUUUCAAGUUGCAUGAUGUCAAUAAUGACGGUUUUCUAGAUGAGCAGGAGUUAGAAGCCCUGUUUACUAAAGAGCUAGAGAAAGUCUAUGAUCCCAAAAAUGAAGAGGAUGACAUGGUGGAAAUGGAAGAGGAAAGGCUCCGAAUGAGAGAGCAUGUGAUGAGUGAGGUUGACAUCAAUAAAGACCGGUUAGUAACUUUGGAUGAAUUCUUGAGAGCUACAGAGAAAAGAGAGUUUUUGGAGCCAGACAGCUGGGAGACUCUUGACCAACAGCAGCUCUUCACUGAAGAGGAGCUGAAGGAAUUUGAAAGUCACAUUUUCCAGCAAGAAGAUGAACUGCAAAAGAAAGCAAAAGAACUUCAAAGACAGAAGGAAGAACUUGAGAGGCAACAAGACCAGCUUCAGGCUCAGAGACAAGAACUCCAGCAGGCAGUACAACAGAUGGAACUCAAGAAGUUACAGCAAGGAAUUCCUCCCUCAAGUCCGAAUGGAGAGCUAAAAUUCCAACCACAUGGGGCACAACCAGUUGGGAAUACUCAAAACAAUCCUGAAGGAAGCAGACAGCCUUUACCACCAGGAACCAUACCAGUGCAAGAAGCUGCUGCUGGAUCGGAUCAUGUCCAGACUCUCACUUAAUCACCCUUGUGCCUCAACUUCGUACCAUAAUUUUGGGAGGGGAGAGGGGGAAGUGGCCUGACACUAAAAACAAAUUUGGAAAUGUGUUUCAACAAGUUCUCUUACUUUCUCCAUUUAACAUAAAUUUACAAUCCUUAUUCAGUAUUAAGAUUUUCAGAAACACAAAUGACACAAUAUAAGCUUACAUGGUUGUAAGGCUUUAUAAGGUCUGGAAAGACGUAUUCUGGUUUAGUCACUAGAAGAAAACAAAGAACAGGGGAUCAUAGUUUUCAUGCAUGUACCCUGUUAUUUGAAUUCUGGGUGAUUUGAUUGCCUGGUUGUUAUUUAUGUCUUGAAAACCUCCAUUUUAAAUUGUGGCUUUUAUCAGUACCCAGAAGACUAACUGAUUAGGGGGAAGUUAAAGGGAACCAAAUACUUAUAAUUUUUUGUAAAUGUUGAUUGUGCUGUCCCUAUUUCCUCUGUGGAGCUUUUCAAACAAGUCUGUACAACAAGGACACGGUCUUUGGUGUUUUCCUAAAAGUGCCAACAAUAGUAAAGAGGGGUUUUAGGACUGAGUGUUGCUGAGUUCUGACAAUCCCUUUUGGACUUGGAGGCCAAAUCAAAACCAAGUCGCCGGUGAUUGGAAGAAAUCCUGUGCAUUUUAAACAAGUAUAAUUGCAGAAGAGAGAAAUGGAAACGAAGGUUAUUUCUCCUGUUUACAGAUGCCCAAGAAUGCCAGUGUAAGAAGCCUUCAAUAGAAAUACUGUGUUUGGAGUACUGAUUUAGCUGUCUUGAGUAUGAUGGACUGAAUGCAUUAUGUCAGCUGAGUGCCUCCCUUUCAAGUCAGCUACCAAGGGGAUACUUUUGUCCUUAUUCCUUUCAUAAUCUACCAGUUGCAUUCAGCCCUCUGCAGGCAGUGAAAGUGAGCCCUUUAGAUGACAAAAAAUAUUUUCAGGAUGAUCAGAGACGGCUUAUGGUGUUUUCCUGAGCAAUCCAGUCUACUUCCUGCUUGUAAAACAUUCCUUUCAAAAUCAAGUGUCUGUUUCAAGCAGGAAUUCUCAGAUGCUACACUCUGAGUUUCAGCUGAAAUUCUCAUUCAUUUUGCACCAACACCAGGCAUAUUUAUACAAAAGUCCUUGAAAAAAAAAACAUGUUUACAAGUGGAUAUCUUAUGGAAGCAGCAGGCUGACUUCAGGCUUUUUCAUACAGGGGUCAUUUUGUAGA